CUAUCCAUCAUCCUGAUACCCAUGAGAUUGGUUAAAUUCUGCGAUGUUUCGGUCUUUCAUCUGUCAAAUACAAUUGUUUGUAUAUAUCAGUAUUUAUAUGAUUUUUUCAGUCAUCUCUCGAUCAGAUUCUCAAAUUUUCCAGAAUAAUCGUAUUGUUCAAGUUCGGAUAUAUAGGUUCAUGUUAAUUAUUGCAGAGAAAAACACGGUAAACAAUUUACUGAUUACGAGGUGGAUUGUGAGAUGGAUGAAACUGGCGGAGCAUGCUUAUCGUUGUCUGAUCUUCCGGAGCAGUCUCAACUGGCCGAGUCGUUGGAGAAGGAACAAGUCAAAUCGAACGCCAUUGUGCGCUUUUUGAACGUCCAAAGCGUUGCUCCAUUUGCCAGACUAAAAUGUAACACCGAUCUGAACUUGCCACCGUCAAAUUGGUUGAGCAAUUCGGCAAACUCGUAUGGACUGGGCCAGUCACUCUCGCACCAGAGGGGAUUCAGUAGUUUCCGUAUGGCAAACAUGUUUCCCGACUGUGUGGGCGGUGUUGAUGUUGUAUCGGAUGCAGAGAAUAUCAAGCGUCUGCUAAAACUGCCCUACUCGAGGAAAAGUGUAGUCUCCAUGAUUGUCCAUCGCAUCGAGAAUACCUUGUUGAUUGAUGAGUUUGAUGUGGCCCGUUAUCUUCUUCGGCAGGAAGAUAGCGAUUGGCAUUGGUUGCGGUCGUUCAUUUAUGAGAAUAUUCUCAAUAGUUUAAGUGACAGCGAGAAGAAGUUAUUUAUUCAUACGAAAUCAAGGGAAGCUCUUGCUCAGAAAUAUUUGACAUCGAAAUUUUUAUACUAUAGCUUAAAAUCCGACAUAGAGCUUGGCGAAGAAGAUACCGAUUCGGUCGACGAUAAUGGCGACAACUGUCAGCAGUUUAAGCCACUGCCACUAGCCGGACCGGUUCUCCCGGAACCUGAUGAGGAAGAAAACUUUCCCGAUCCACGGCAGACAAGUCAUGUUUUUAACCGUAACGUGGUGUGGACGUUUGAAGAUAUACGAAUGUUGAUUGGUACGGAUAUGCCUAUAUUCGGUGGUACCAAUCGACCUUGCAUAAGUUUACGUUUGAGAGACGAAUCUAAACCUAUUAAUGUUUUAACUGGAAUCGAUUAUUGGUUGGAUAAUUUGAUGUGCAACGUUCCGGAAGUUGUGAUGUGUUACCAUUUGGAUGGUAUCGUUCAAAGGUACGAAUUAAUUAAAACAGAAGAUUUACCACAUUUAGAAGACUCGAAGUUUUCACCAAAAGUUAUCAGAAAUGUUGCUCAAAAUAUUCUAGUGUUCCUGAAGGCGAAUGCCACUAAAGCUGGUCACACGUACUGGUUGUUCAAGGCAAAAAACGAUGAUGUGGUGAAGCUGUAUGAUCUGACAACCUUGUGUCAAAAGCACAGCGAUUGCCAACCCGAAAGUGAAGCAGAAACUGAAGACGAAAGCCUGAAAAAUGAAAAUCCUUUUACUAUUCCGGUGGCCAUGCUGCUGUACACCGUGGCUAGAAAUAUGAAAAACGCAAGGGAAGGAGUAUCCGCCACUAAAGCAGGAGCCAUCAAAAUGCUGCUGGAUAAUUGCAUUAAAUUGUUACCAAAGGAGAAAUAUCCGCAGAUUGUGACCUCAUCACACUACAUUCUAUCGGAUUUGUAUAUCCCGGUGGACACCGAUCCUGGAUCACCGAAAUUUAACACGAUGCUCGAUGACGAAGAUGAUGCUGACGAUGAUGAUGACGAAUUCCAGUCGAUUUUCGGUGAACACAUAACGAACAGUGAUUCGCCGCAGUCAGAUGAGUACGUUGAUGACCGACAUGCCGGCAGUAAUCGGGUGCAAGCGGCUAUUAAAAGCAUCGAGGAGACGUUGCAGGAGUACAAUGGAAGCGAUGGUUGGAGAUAUAAUUCUAGGCCGCCGCCUUUGGUCGGCAAUAUUGAGGAACGUUGUACGAUUGCACUGCAACAUAUAGCCGAUGGGUUAAGUUGUUUGCAAUAUUUCGAUAGUAGCGAAGAACAGAAAUGUAGAGAGAAGGAACAGGCGGAAGAAAAGCGGAAAAUUUACCACGAAGAGACCCAUCCUAAUAUGGCAAAGUCGGACGAUCCGAUUCCGUUACCGUACAGUCCAUUGCAUCCAGAGCCAGUGAUGGCAAAACCCAACGAACCGAUUGCAAUGGGAUGGAAGCCAGAUUCAGACGUUGGGCAAUCGAACGAUUCUUGUAGGAAAACGUCAAAGAAAAAGACAAAGAAGAAAAUUGAAAAGAAACGAAUCCCAGAAGAAGAGACCACAUCGGAAACUGAUGCCCGAUCCCUGCUGCUGAAAGGUGCAACCGGUGUAAUAAAAUCGUGGAAUGUUCACUUGAAAAUAUUGCUUUUCGAGAAAGCUUGCCUGACCUACGCAACACUCGCUGAGCAUUGUUAUGCGCUGGAAGAGUAUGGGAGGUCCCUUCGGUACAUCUAUUCCGCUGUUCGAUGUCAACAAGUCGUAACCAAGUACAUUUCAUGCGUAUCUUCGCAGCGUGGUUUACUGCUUGGUAGAAUAGGCGAUUGUUUUUUCCAGCUGGCCAAGAAAUGGGACAACAUCAAACAGUAUUUAAAGGAAUUCGAUCAGGAAACUCGCAUUGAUCAGCUGAUUAUGGAUGAAUUGGUCAAAGACAUUGGCAGUGAGGUGGAACAAUCGUUGCCGCUUCCGAUGGACAACAUCGAACAGCUCAUGAUUACCAGCUGCGGUUGUUACGAAGCUGCCAUUGCUUGUGCUUCGAAGGAUGCGAAGGCGGAACUCAAUCGCAGAUUGGGAAGUGUACGGAACGAGUUGGGUGUUAAGUACAUGCAUUGGGCUCAAGACGAGUACCAUAAGUUUUGGGAUCUUCCCGUGGAGAAACGUGAGGCGUUCGGGAAAGCUGCCAAAGAACUGGAUAGCGCAAGCGAACCGAUCUAUCAAAUACUUGCCAAGAAGGCUUACGAUUCACUGUACCGGGGAGUCUCCCUGUUUGAAGCCGUGAAUGAUUCUACAAAUUUAGCGUUUUUGUUGUGCAACAUGGGCCGGUUUAUGCGCUUUCGGGCACACAUUCAUUUUGUCGGAGAAAGUCCGAAUAACGUUCAUCUGCAGAAAAAAUUCUACAAAGAAGCGUUCACACACUACCAACGGGCACUUGGAGUACUAGGCUCGAAAAAGGAAAAUCCAGAUCUUUGGUCGUUGGUAACGUGGGAACUGUCCACAGCCACUUUCAACCUGGCCAAGCAAUUGCAAGACUGUAGCGACGUGGAUCACGACGAUUCGCAAAGUGUGGAGGAAGUAGAGCAAGAGGUAGUCGAGAUGCUUCAGAAGGCACUGAAACUAUGUGAUCAGGAACUGAACGGACCGAGGCAGGUGUUGUACUCCUUCCGAGCGGCGUUGAUUCACCAUAGAAUCGCUUCCUACUAUCAUUUCUCAUUCCGCAAUGCUAGUGAAGAGCAUCGUCGCAAAACCAUCCUGCAGUUGUGCAAGCUACACUACGAGAAGGCAGUGAAAAUUUUCGAAAGUCUCAACGAACCGCAGGAAUUCCUACAGAUUCAAAUGGAACGAAUCGCACUGCAGGAAUACCAAUGCGAGUUGAUCCAAACCAUUCCGGCCAAGCUGAGAAUUUUGCAGCAAGCCCUGCUGCUCUGCAUGCAAAGUCAAGCAAUGAUCGAGUAUCUUUGUACCGCCAAAUCACUGGUCAACGCUGCAAACAGCAACUUAAACUGUGAAGAAAUUCAGAAACUUCUUGAACUAUUCGAAAAACGUCUACAGGUGAUACUGAAAACGCUGGCUAAACUUUGUUUGCUAUCGGCGGGCAGCAAAAAAGGCGACUCCGAUCGGCUGGCAACGCAGUACAAAGCCAUGUUCGGACUGACACUGCAAAAAAGAACAUCCGGCAACGCAGUGGAAGACGAAACCAGUGCGGGUGGUGAUUCAUCCAGCAAUGUUGUAAGGGAACAUGCCUUAUAUCUAGUGAAUAUGCUGCGAAAUAUUUGUGAUUUAGAUAAGACUAAUGGUUAAGUUAGCUUACGAUCUUAGCACCGAAGCUUGUGUACAUACAUUGAACUCAAAAAUAAACGUUAUUUUAACCUA